GUGGGGCAGUGCCAGCAGCGGUGCCAGUCAAGCCGGAGUGACAACGCCGGAGCAAGAGUGGGCCGCGCGUCUCGUCGCGCGAGCUGUCAAAUUGCCGUGGUGCGUCGGGGGGGGGGGCCACGCCGAGGUACAUCCUGGUGAUUCUCGGGUCCACGGCCGCCUGGUCCGAGAGACGUAUACGUGGGAGGACGGGGUGCGAGGAAGACGAACCCGGGGAGACGACGGAGGCGCGUUGCGCCGUCGCAGGUGGCGUCGUCGGGAGAAAGUGACGUUCCGGAGUCGGCAGUGGUCGCCCAUGGCCGGCGGCUCUCCGCGAGCUCGCCGGGGUCCGUGAGGCCCGGACGGAACUCCCCGAGGUUCCCGCGCGCCGAUUGGCUCGGCCGGGGCCGCGCGGCGAGCGCGCGCCAAUAGCUUAAGCCCCCGCGAACGUGCGGGCCAGGCGGCCCCACGCGCGUCGCCGCCGCCGGCGUGCCGGUAGGCUGUAUCGAGGACCAACGUCGUCGGUGCCAACGUCGUCGUCGCGAGAAUGAGCCUACUGUCCUCCUCGAUCGGCGGCGUCCGCUACCACGCGGACGAGGACGCCGACCAGAACAUGCUCCAGGAUCUACAACUGGCGGCGGAGCUCGGCAAGACCCUGCUGGAACGGAACAAGGAGUUGGAGAACAUCAUCAAGCUGCACCAGGCUACCGUGGAGGAGCAAACGCAAGAAAUUGAGUACAUGAAAAAGCAGACUGCCGCCCUGAGGGAGGUAAACAAUACGCGGCUGAAAGUCUACGAGCAGCUGGAAGUGAGCGUGCAGGAUUUGGAACGUGCGAAUCAUCACCUGGUCAUCGAGAACACGAGCGACAAGAAGCUGAUCAAGAGCCAAUCCGUGACUAUCGAGAAUCUGGAAAUAAGAUGCGAGGAGCUUCAGAAGAAGAUUGACGACCUGACCGAACAACUGCGCCAGAAUGCCGCGAGCCCGUCUAGGAAUAAUGCGCAACAGCAAUAUCAUCAACAGCAACAAAUGCAGCAGCAACAGAGUAUCAAUUGGGAGACUUCGGACACGCAAGGUGGCAACGAGAAACAGAGAGCUGCCCCAUGUUCGCCGAAGCCCUCCCAAGAGACCACUGAGGCGACCACGGCGAGUGACGAGGAGAUGACCGAGUUGCUGAGACAGCUGCAGGACGCGCGCAAUCAAAGGGCCAGGGAGCAGAAGAAGGUGUCCGAGCUUAGCCAGCAGCUGACCACCUUGUUGCAGGAGAACAGCGCAUUGGAGGAGCAAUUAACGGAGUUGCGUAACAAGGCGCAAGACGUGAAGAGUCUACAGGACGAGAUUAACACCUUGGAGGAAGUCAGACGAGGUCAGUUAUGCGGGCGUUGCUUGCGCGGUAUGGACACGAGGACGCAUGAUGAAAUCUCCAUAAUGCUGGAUCAGGAAGAGUACGACGACAUAAGUGUGGCCGAGUCGUUAAUCAGCGAGAAUCAGCGGGAUUCUGAGCUGGUUGUACAGGAUACAGGCAGUAAGAACGAAACUACCGACGAAGUGGACAGCGCAAAUCCCUAUCGAGUCUUGGUAGAGAAGUAUCAGGCUUUGUUGGAGGUGCAGAGACAUUGUCAGCCUCGUCGCAAGGAUACCACGCCCGCAACGUGUAUGUCGUUGCAGGAAGAGCUGGAGAUGUCUGGGGAGUUUAACAAUUUCUAUCCCGCCGCUUCUGAGAUCGAGGCUACCGCUCCGGAAACGAUCAAGACCGCCUCGCGAACUAAACCUGAGAGCGCCGGCAAGAAGCCCUUCUCAGCCACCCCAACAGAUUUUUCUGAAGCCGAGACAUCGUCCUCGGGUUUCUCGGAUGAAACCAGCAACAAAGCGACACAAACAGACGACAGACCGGGCUCGUUCUUAUGCUCCAUCGCCGACGGUGAGGAUUGCAAGUUCAGUAUUUAUGACGACAACAGCCCGUUCGAGAGCAGGUUCCGCAAGACGCCUGAGUACCGACAGCUCUUCAGCGAGAUCUUCAGCGUUCUGAAACGGGCGGCCGAGGCGAAGGACGAAGGCGAGAAGCUACCGUUACUGGACGAUUCGACUACGUCGCAGACCAAGUACGACGCGUCGUUUCAGGAAGACUUGCAGAGCGAAGCGACGGAUGACAAUCAAAGCAUCAUGUCUUCAAUGGUGUCGUCGGUGGUGUCGGAACCGGUCUUCAGGGUGCAAACCGCUAGCCCGGCUAAUCCAAAAGAAAGCAAAGCAAAGUCCGAUAGCAAGCCUGGCAGCACCGCUGCGAAUCAGCAGCCUGCGAAGGAUGCGAGUUGCAAAAUGGAUUACAUGUCUCUUAAUUUGCGCGUCCGCAAGAAGCCCUCGUCGAAGAAGAACUUUGCUAAAAAGCCGCAGAGUUAUGAACGGUCCACGCCGGACGUUAUUCCCACGACGAAUCCGAAAUUUGUGCCACCCAAGUCUAACGGCGGUGGUCGAAGAAGAUUCAGACCGUUCAAUCCUGCCGAGCACGAGCAUUCCGGUGCGUGGAACGGUCAGCACAAUGUAUACGCGAGAUCGAAGGACAAUAGGAAAAUGUAUGGUUUCACACGUGGCUCGAACGAACAGCAGCAGCAGCAACAGCAGCAACCACAGCACAACAAUUUCGAGUACAAGGAUUUCAAACCCAGCACCGCGUCGGAGGAGGUGGCUCGGCUGAAGCGAUUAGAGUUGUCUUACGCAGAGGUUCUUCGUACGCCUAACAAUAAAUCCAGAGCCAAUAACCAUCAUCAUCAUCAUCAACAUCAUCAGCACUACCGUAGAAACUAAACGGGACGAGUGAACGGGCGGAGCGAAGCGCGCGUACAAGAUGUAGAGUUUUAUAUUUGGAUUGUAUCCCUGAGUAGGAUAGAGAUCUCACGCGUUGACCUGCAUUAUUCAUCCUGCGGUGAGAUCCAGUAUUGUUUUUGUACUUUCUUGUAAAUAUUUGACAACGCGGAUAUGUAUAGCGACAUAAGUCUAGGCACUAAUUAACACGUCCGCGUUAGUUUUAAGUUGAAUAUUUCGUAUUUUUCAUUGUAUAUCCCUCUCCUUCCACGUGGUGAACAUGCGACGAAGAGUAAUAAACCCCCCCUCCCCGCUCUCCCCGUCAUUAGUCGUUAAACGGAGAAAAAAAAUCCAUUCAUGUGCCAUUUACUCUCCGUGUCAAAAUAUCAACUUCCCAACUUUAAGAACUCCGCACUAUUCUUCGAUAACGUAUUAUACCUUCUCCCCAGGAAAGUGAACUUGUAGUGCAUGUCAGCAGCAGCAUGCAUGGUGUUAGCUUUUAUAUUUUAUAGGUAUGAAUAUUGUGAUGAUGUUGUACGUAUAAAUAAAUAAAUUCUUUAUCAUAUAUUAAGUCGCUCUUCCCUUUUUCGCGUUCUAUCAAAUAUAUGAUUAUAAAAUGGAUCCUCAAAACGAAUUUAUCCGGUACUUGCUCCUGUGUAAGUUUAUCGUAUGAACAUGAAAAAUUAUGACAUCAAUAGACAUACACAGAAUAUAAUCUUAGAAAUAUUUAAAACUAUAAAGGCCACAUAUCCAUAAAAAAAAACUAAAUAAGUUAUAUCUACGAUCAUAUAAUACGCACGCGCGCGCGUAGUUAACUAUAUAUGAAUAUCUAUAUCAUAUCUGUUACAUCUUGAAAAGAAUAUCAAAGUUUCUGAAUGAGUACUACUUUUUAUUCGGACAUAUUAAAUGACAAAAAGCAACUUGCACCUAAUACUUUCGCGGUUCCGCGAUCGUAUUAAUUUUGAAUAUUUCUAUAUUCUAACACCAGAACGCCUAAAUUUUUUUCUGUUAACGCUCCUUUAAUAUCAAAACUUCUCUAUUUCAGACUCUUAAUGUAAGUUAUUACGUUCAAAGUAUAUUAAAGUAUAACAUUAAAAAAAAAUUAAAUAAUAAAAAAAUUAAAAUAUCUCAUAUUUCAUAUUGUCUAAAAAAUAAUGAAAAUUUACGUGCGUUCCAGUGUUAUUGGUCGCAUAGACCGUGUAGACUAAAGAUAAUGAAUGGUACAAGUUUAUUAAUACAGUUGGGAAUUGGAGUUGCGUAUAUUGAACGCGUGUGUUCUGUGUUUCGUCGUUUCUCCGUUCGUUUUCUUAAUAAGCAUAAUGUCCAUUACACGUACAUACAAGACAUUUCUUUCUUCAUAUUGUAUUGACUUAUAUCAAAAUGGAUACGGUUCGAUUAAGAAUCGUCGAAUAAUGCGCGAUGCACCGCUCCUAAACUUGGUUGUACAUAACUCGAGCUGAUACUACGUCUCGACCUGUAGAGAAGAAAUUGCAUCGUGAAAAAGCCCUCAAGCCAAGAGAACGCUUAUAAACGACAUAUUUCCAGGCAGCUGUUUCAAAACUCCGAAUUAAUUUCUGCAGCUACGAUACAUUAUGAAAUUAAGAUGUGAGAAAUUACACAUAAUGAUUUUCAUGUGAUACUGAUCCAAAUAAAUAAAUUUGCGCUGC